GUAACUCCUACUUUGUAUGCUAUUAUCUCUUUACUUACGGUGGUGUUGGCAAAUCGUCUGACAAAUGAUGCAGUUAGAUCUGGGAUUUUAAAGCAAGACAAAUUUGGUGGAAAGAGGAAACUAGAAGGGCAAUCGUGGAAAAGGACCAACAACGAUUUAGGCAAAAACCAAAAAGUGAUAAGAAACUUUGGGGCUCAGUCUCAAACAGGAGAAAAGGGCAAGGGAACUUACCCUAAAUGUGGCAAGUGCAAUUAUCACCAUAGCGGGAGAUGCAUUAUUUGUUUCAAAUGCAAUAAAGGAGGUCAUUUCGCUAAAGAUUGCAAGAUCAGAGAGAAUCAAUCAUGCCAUAAGUAUGGAAGCCCGAAUCACUUCAGGAAUGCAUGCCCGAAAUUGAACCUAGAGUCAGCUACUAACCCAGCACGACCAAUCAAUCAAGGAAAUCAAGGAGGCCAAGCACGAGGUCGAGCAUUUACAAUUGGAGUGGAAAAAGCCAGGCAAGACUCAAAUGUGAUCACAGGUACAUUUCUUCUGAAUGACCAUUACGCAUCCAUACUAUUUGAUUCUGGAGCAGAUAGAAGCUUUGUAUCCCUAGAAUUUAGACCAAAGAUUGGUUUAAAGUCGCAAAAGCUGAAAGAAGAUUUCGUUAUCGAAUUUGCUAAUGGUCAGGAAGUUAGGACUAAAGACAUAAUCACAAAUUGUACAUUACGUUUAGCUAAACAAAACUUUAGCAUAGACCUUAUUCCAAUUAGAUUAGGAAGCUUCAAUAUCGUUGUGGGUAUGGAUUGGCUAUCCAAAAAUCAAGCCGAGAUAUGUUGUUCUGAGAAGACCAUUCGAAUUUUGAAAGGAAGUGAAACGCUCGUGGUGCAUGGAGAGAAGUCCMAGAGAAAUUUCAAGUUAGUAACGUGUAUGAAGAUGCAAAAAUACUUGAAAAAGGAAUAUGUUGCGUUUAUGGCUCACAUUAUGGAUAAAGGAAUUAAAGAGAAAAGCAUCCAGGAUUUUCCCAUAGUUCGGGAUUUUCCCGAGGUGUUUCCUAAUGAGCUACCAGGAUUACCUCCGUUACGGAAAGUCGAAUUUCACAUUGACUUAAUUCCCGGAGCAGCACCUGUAGCCAAAUCACCAUAUCGUCUGGCACCAUCGGAAAUGAAAGAAUUGUCAGAUCAACUAAAGGGACCGCAGAAAAUGAACCCAAGUAUAUUUAGAAUAGUCAUGGACUAUGACCAGCACAUACUUUUUAUAGUUGAUGCUUUGAACUCUCAUAGGACCGCAAAGAUCCAUAUGAAGUAG